AUGGGCACAGAAGCUGAACCAGGUGUAAUUCCACGUGCCAUCCAGCAAGUGUUUUCUUUUAUCGAGGAGGACACAGCUGGGAGAGAAUAUAUGCUGCGGGUGUCGUACAUGGAAAUCUACAAUGAAAAGAUUAAAGAUUUGUUGAAUUCAGAAAACAAGAGUCCGGAAAUCAUCGAAGACAAAAAAAAGGGCGUCAAUGUGCGUAAUCUGAAAGAAGUCACAGUCAAAACCGCUCAAGAAGUCAUGAACUAUAUCAAGGAUGGCGAAGGAAAUCGUCAUAUUAGUGCUACUGACUAUAACGAACACAGUAGUCGUUCUCAUACCAUCUUUCAAUUGGUCAUCGAAAGUUGUCCCCGAGGUGUCCCUAGCAGAGGUGUACGCGUUUCUCAACUCAAUUUAAUCGAUCUAGCAGGUUCUGAAAAGGUCGCUACGGAUUUAGAGAGAAGAAAGGAAGGUGGAUAUAUCAACAAAAGUUUAUUGACUUUGGGCAAUGUUAUUUCCAAACUUACCAGUGACGAACCUGCCAGCCAUAUUCCUUAUCGUGACUCAAAAUUAACACGGAUUUUGCAGGCUUCUUUAUCCGGAAAUGCAAGAAUAGCCAUUAUUUGUACCAUUAAUCCAACCUUAUCAUCCAAGGAUGAAUCAUUAAAUACCUUACGUUUUGCUCAACGUGCCAAACUCAUCAAAACAGCUGCUAAAAUGACGCGUCUGGAAGCUGAAACAAGACAGCGUCUCAAGAGUUUAUUAGGCCUUAUUUUAACAAGCUCGAAAAAUGACCAAGACCAGCUUAUAGACCAGUCAGAAUUCGCCAAUCUAUCUGCAGAUGAUUUAAGCAAAGAAACAACCAUGCGUGAUGUAGUGGCUCGAUGCGAAGAAGGGUUUGCUGCACAAAUCCUUGCUCACGAGAUCCAAAUGGAUAAAAUGACGCUUCAUGUAAAAGCCAUGCAAGCCGAUAUGAAAAUUAUGAGAGAGGUUCUGUCCGAGCGUGAUGCACUCAUU